CAAAGGGAGAGCAAUUUAGCCAGAAGGAGGAAGCAACUUCCCUGCUGUUCCCACUUGGGACGGAGCAACUGGUGGGAAGUUAAUCAUGAUCUGAUGGAUGCAGAGCUGGAGAGCGGGGGAAGGAUAGGAGUGAAGAUUUUCUAUUUUGUACAUACAUUACUUUGUAUAUACUGUAUAUGAUGACUUCGGUGAGCAGUGAACGUUCCCGAGGUGCUCGGGAGAAAACACAGGUUUCGGCCAUACAGGCAGCACAACUACAGAAACAAGUAGUGCAGGCAACAGCUGAGCAGAUGCGGCUUGCUCAAGUGAUCUUUGAUAAAAAUGAUUCAGAGUUUGAAGCUAAAGUUAAACAGCUUAUGGAAGUGACAGGAAAAAAUCAGGAUGAAUGCAUAGUGGCCCUACAUGACUGUAAUGGAGAUGUGAACAAAGCUAUCAACAUAUUGCUGGAAGGGAAUUCAGACACAACUUCAUGGGAGACUGUUGUGGGGAAGAAGAAGAAUUUUGGAAAAGAAAAUUCAGAAAACAAAGAGAAUAGAGAGAAGAGAAGUGAGAGAGAAGUGAAUCGUGGACGUGGAAACAACAACCGGAAAGGAAAAGAUGGCAGUCGUGGAAGAGAGUUUAGAGGUGAAGAGAAUGGAAUUGAUAGCAAUCAAGGAGACAAGGCUUCAGACCGCAGCAAGCGAGCCCGUGGUAGAGGAUUUGGACGUGGCAGAGGGAGAGGGGCAGGAAGAUUCUCAACCCAAAGCAUGGGGACGUUUAAUCCUGCGGACUAUUCAGACUCUCUGUCGAUAGAUGGGUGUGAGACAAAACCAGUAGUUUGGGAAGCUGCUCAGAAUGGUGCAGAUGAGGGAACUGAAUUGGUAUCAGAUGCUCAAAAUGUAGUUCAGGAUCUGCCAAACAAAAAUUCUUAUGGACUCAAAGCAGAGGCCUGGAAGAAUUCUGUGGAAGAGUGGACAACAGAAGACUGGACUGAAGAUCUUUCUGAAACAAAGGUCUUCACUGCUUCAUCUGCUCCAGCAGAGAAUCAUGUCACACCUGGGCAAAGUAUUGAUCUGGUAACCUUGCUCCAGAAGCCUGUUCCUUCCAGUGAAGCCUCAGAAGUCAACUCCUUUGAAACUUCCCAACAGCAGGGCUUUGGCCAAGCCCUUGUCUUCACAAAUUCUCAGCACACCAGUCAGAUGGCGCCUGGGACUGGCUGCUCCACUGCUGUCCACUCCUGUUCUUCUCAGAGUCUGUCAUCCGUCGUUGGUUCAGGAUUUGGAGAGCUUGCACCUUCAAAAAUGGUAAACACCACCAGCUCCCAGAUUUUGGAUCAGUUGAAAGCUCCAAGUUUGGGCCAGUUUACUUCUAGUUCAAGUUCACAGCAGAAUAGUGCAAGUCUCCCCACAACCACUUCUUCUUGGGACCUCAAGCCCCCAGCAUCCCAAUCCUCAGUCCUUAGUCAUUUUGACUUCAAAUCUCAGCCUGAACCAUCCCCAGUUCUUAGCCAGCUGAGCCAGCGGCAGCAGCACCAGACGCAGGCAGUCACCGUUCCUCCUCCUGGGUUGGAGUCCUUUCCUUCCCAUGUAAAACUCAGAGAGUCAGCACCCAGAGACAGCACCUCCACUGUGAACAAACUUUUGCAGCUUCCCAGCAUGACUGUCGAAAACAUUGCUGUGUCUGCCCACCAAGCACAGCCUAAACACAUCAAGCUUCCUAAGCGGCGGAUCCCUCCAGCUUCUAAGAUCCCAGCUUCUGCAGUGGAAAUGCCUGGUUCAGCAGAUGUCACAGGGUUAAAUGUUCAAUUUGGCGCCUUGGAAUUUGGAUCGGAACCUUCUCUCUCUGAAUUUGGACCAGCUACAAGCAGUGAAAACAGUAACCAGAUUCCCGUCAACUUGUAUUCGAAGUCUUUAAGUGAUUCUUUGAAAACCUCUCUACCAAUAACUAGUGCAGUGCAGAACUCCACCUAUACAGUGUCAGCUGUCACCUCCUCCAGUCUGACCGAAUCAUCACUGAGCUCCACCAGUCCAGUGACUACGUCUUCCUAUGACCAGAGUUCUCUGCACCGCAGGAUUGCCUACCAAAGCUCUGUGAGUCCGUCUGAGUCAGCUCCAGGAACUGUCAUGAAUGGACAUGGUGACGGUCAAAGUCAGCAGACAAUAGACACUACUUCAUCCGUUCCAGCUCCAAAGGCAGCAGACUCUCCCUCCGCCCUCCCGUCUGUGGGCUCCCUGCCCAGCACCACCUCCUGCACGACGCUUCUGCCCUCUGCAUCCCAGCACACUGCCACUUUGCCCUCCUUGUCCCAGCCUGGUGACCUGUCCAACAGCCCCCUCUCUCAGCUUAGCAGUUCGCUCCCCACCCAUCAAAGUGGUCUCUCCUCUGCGCACCCAGCACCCUCCAGCACAUCACACACACAUGCCAGUGUGGAGGGCACCACUUCCCUCCAGUCCUCAGCUCCCUUCUCAGCAGCAGCAGCUUCUGCCUCGAGUGCCACGUCCUCAGGGCUCAGCCUGCCAAGCAGCAUGAACACAGCGACCAGCCUCUGCCUGGGGGGGACCGCUGCGAGUGCCCCCAGCAGCAGUAGCAGGGCCAUGCCCUUGGCGACCUCAGGCAAAGCUCCCCCUAACCUGCCCCAGGGGGUGCCUCCACUGCUGCACAGCCAGUACCUCGUGGGGCCUGGCGGACUGCUGCCUGCCUACCCGAUCUAUGGCUAUGACGAGCUCCAGAUGCUGCAGUCACGGCUGCCAGUGGAUUACUAUGGAAUCCCCUUUGCUACGCCCACAGCCCUUGCCAGCCGAGAUGGGAGCCUAGCUAAUAACCCAUAUUCAGGUGAUGUCACAAAGUUUGGCCGAGGUGAUUCUGCAUCCCCUGCGCCCACCACCACACUGGCUCAGCCACAGCAGAGCCAGUCCCAGGCCCAUCACACAGCCCAGCAGCCCUUUCUGAAUCCUGCGCUCCCACCUGGCUACAGCUAUACUGGCCUCCCAUACUACACAGGCGUGCCCAGUGCCUUCCAAUAUGGGCCCACCGUGUUUGUCCCUCCAGCCUCAGCCAAGCAGCACGGAGUGAACCUCAGCGUGCCCCCUGCCCCUUUCCAGCAGGCCGGCGGUUACGGGCAGCAUGGCUACAGCACUGGUUAUGAUGACCUGACCCAGGGGACGGCAGCGGGAGACUAUACCAAGGGCGGCUACAGCGGGUCUUCGCAAGCACAAAACAAGUCUGCAGGUUCUGGGCCUGGCAAAGGAGUGUCCGUGUCUUCAAGCGCCGCUGGCCUACCUGACAUGACUGGUUCUAUCUACAAGACAACUCAGACUUUUGACAAGCAGGCAUUUCACGCAGGGACUCCUCCACCAUUCAGCCUGCCUUCGGCCUUGGGCUCCACUGGCCCCCUGGCUCCUGGAGCAGCGCCAGGUUAUGCACCCCCACCGUUUUUGCACAUCCUGCCUGCCCACCAGCAGCCUCACUCACAGCUGUUACACCACCACCUUCCACAGGAUGCCCAGAGUGGCUCGGGUCAGCGCAGCCAGCCCAGCUCCCUGCAGCCCAAGUCGCAAGCCUCCAAACCAGCCUAUGGCAGCUCUCCAUACUGGACAAACUGAACCCAGAAGAGGGGUGGGCAGGGGCAGGACUGACUAGCCUGGGCAGAAGCAAACACAUGGAUCCCAUUUCUGGAGCCCAGCACCUUUUCUAGAAUACCUGAGACAUGUAACUGUGUCAUCCGAGCCUCUAAUGGGGAGCCUGCCUCCCAGACUUGCAUUGUAUGUAAUGUAUUUAUGUAUGUAUUUGUAAAUGUGGUGGAAAUCUUGGGGAAGUGGGGCGCAGCUGCUACUCUUAGGUCUGCUCUCCUCACUCAAGCCCUUUCUUGCUGUAGCAAAAUAAGCCCCCCUCCUGACUGGCCUCCAGGCUUUCUGUGCAGCCCCCCACCCCGCACACACUGGCCAAGAGGCUGCUGGGGGCAGUGUCUGGAAGGGCUGGCUUAAGACAGUCUAGGUAUUGGGGUCAGAUACCAAUGAAGAAUCACGACUUAUCUCAAGUCUUUUGUAAACCGUUAUUUGAGUUUACUUCCCUGUAACUACUUUACCCUUCUUUUUUUGAAACUGGACCUUCUUCAUGUUCUCCUCCUGCCAAAUCUUGAUCUGGGAAUAGCAGAGAUAAGCCCACCCCACCCCCACCCACAUGAAAGUGGCACCUGUCUGUCUUCACAUGGAGCAGGGGCUUCUGCUUCUGGUCUAGUCCCCAGAGACAUGCCUUCCUCUGGCUGACUUUUUAAAAUAAUCUGAAUUUGCACUGAGAGAUGUUCAGCCAGUUGGCUCUCCUUAAAAAAAGAGAAUCAAAGAUAUGUUGUCAUCUCAAUGAGAGCACAUCUCCAAGCAAAGACUCUCCUCCAGUUGUCCUGAACCAGGUGGGCAUCUGUUUCAGGGGUUUUCUUUUUAGCCCAAACUCCACCUAAUAAAGUUCUGAGAGCAUG